AUGAAUGGAACAAAGAAUAACAGUGUGCAAGACUGCUUUGGGGAACCAAGCACAGCGACCACUGCUUUCAAAGCUCUGGCCUAUGUUUGCAUUUUCGUUGUAUCUUUGGUCGGAAAUGGCGGCAUCCUUUUGGCUAUUUACAAGAACAAACAGCUGAGGAGAUCUAUAAACUACUUUGUCUUUAAUAUGGCUGUGUCUGAUAUAUUAAAUCCGUUGACAAUCCUGCCAGUAACAUUCGUUGAGAUUGUCUCAGGAUCUGAUACUUGGAAAGUUGACGACCCGUGGUUGUUAGGAAACUUCCUUUGCAAACUUUCCUUCUUUCUCCCCGAUGUUUCUGUUGCAGUAUCAAUUGAAAGCCUGCUGUUGAUAUCGCUGGACAGACUUAUCGCUGUUGCCUUUCCGCUUAGGACAAGAUAUCUUUCACCGAAAGUUCAUCUAAUGAGUAUCCUCUGUGCAUGGAUCAUCGCCAUCGCAGUUCAUGCACCUUAUUUUUACACUUUCAGGCUACAGCUUUACGAAAACAAAACUUACUGUGUCGCCAAUUGGGGACCAACCUUUAAUCAUGUGGAAACACACAAACGAUUUGUCACAGCAACGUUUAUUACUUUUGUGUUAGUGCCAAUCUGUGUCCUGGUGAUCGUGUACAGUGUAAUAGCUUGGAACUUGUGCCAAGAGCGAAAGAAAAUGGAGCAAGAGUCGAGUAAUCAUCAAAAGAAACUUGGCAAACAAAGCAAAAAAAUUGUUUGUAGCUCUGUAGCUAUUGUAGCAGCUUUCGCUUUCUGCAUGAUUCCACAGCUUGUUUUUAUCUUUACACGCAUAUUUGUUUGGAAUUGGGAAGUGCCGCCGAAUUGCGCUUUUCGCACAACGAUCCCGUUCAUUGCCUCUUUCAUGUUGCACGCAUGGAGUGCUGUUAAUCCUUGCAUUUGCUUUAUAUUCAUUAAGACCUAUCGAGACACUCUGAAGAAAUUGCUCUGCUCUCUGUGGUCAACUGUAAAUCAUACACAGACUUUGGAUCUAUCGAUGAAUCCCGCUACGUUAGCACUAAGGAUUCAAAAAUGUCGUUCUACGCAAGUCUGA